GCGGCGCGCGGCCCCGUGACAUCGCCGGGCGCCUUUAAAGGCGCCGCCGCCGCCCCCCGCCCCGCCCGGUGUGUCCCCGGGGAGAGCCUGCUGCCGGGGCCGGGCCGUGUCCCGUCCCGCCAGGCCCCCCAUCCCGUCCGGCAGGUGUAACCUCCAAAAGCGUCUUCACUUCAGGCUAUGAUGGGAUCGUUUUGGUUGUUGCUGCUUUACAUCCACAUUCUAUCACCCAUGUUUGCUGGAGGUGUCACCCGAGUCUAUUACCUGGGGAUCCGUGAGGUGGACUGGAACUAUGCUCCAACAGGAAAGAAUGUACUCGCUAACCAAAGCAUUGCACAUAACCUCAAGGCCUCAACAUUCCUCCAGCGUGGCAAAGACAGGGUGGGAAGCACGUACAAGAAGUCUGUCUAUAAGCAAUACACAGAUUCCACAUACACCACUGAGAUUCCCAAACCUGGCUGGCUUGGGUUCCUUGGGCCUGUCAUCCGAGCAGAAGUGGGGGAUACCAUUAAAGUACACCUAAAAAAUUUUGCUAGUCGACCGUAUACAAUCCAUCCUCAUGGUGUUUUCUACGAAAAGGACUCUGAAGGAUCCCUGUAUCCUGAUAUGUCCCCCCAGGAUCAGAAGAAGGAUGAUGCUGUUUUCCCAGGAGGGAAUUACACCUAUGCUUGGACUGUCCCUGAAGAUCACGGCCCAACUGCUGAUGACCCAAACUGCUUGACCUGGAUCUACCACUCUCAUAUUGAUGCACCAAAGGACAUUGCAUCUGGAUUAAUUGGGCCAUUACUUACAUGCAAAAAAGGAAUACUGACUGGCAGUUCUCAAAGACGUCAGGAUGUGGACACUGAUUUCUUUCUGAUGUUCAGUGUGGUGGAUGAGAACCUAAGCUGGUACCUGGAUGAGAACAUAGCAUUGUUCUGCACAGAUCCAGGCUCCGUAGACAAAGAGGAUGAGGAAUUCCAAGAGAGCAACAAAAUGCAUGCUAUUAAUGGUUAUGUGUUUGGGAACCUCCCUGAGGUGACGAUGUGUGCUGGGGAUUACGUUUCAUGGCACCUCUUCGGGAUGGGCAAUGAAAUUGAUGUUCAUACAGCCUACUUCCAUGGAGAAAUGCUCAAUAUUCGAGGCCACAGGACAGAUGUGGCCAGCCUCUUCCCAGCCACUUUUGUUACAGCAGACAUGAUCCCCAGUAACCCUGGGAGAUGGCUACUGAGCUGUCAGAUCAAUGAUCACAUACAAGCUGGCAUGGGGGCACUCUAUGAAGUCCGGCCCUGUUCUCAGCAAGCUCCAACAUCCACCCUGGAAGGGAGAGUUCGGAAAUACUACAUAGCUGCAAAGGAAGUGCAGUGGGACUAUGGACCUUCAGGGCUUGACCAAAGCAGUGGGAAACGGCUGAGCGAGGCAGGCAGCCCUGCUGAGCAGUUUUUCAAGCGUGGCUCCUACCGAAUUGGUGGAGUCUAUUGGAAAGCAAAGUACGUGGAAUAUACCGAUGAGAGCUUCCGUGAGGAAAAGCAGCAAUCAGAAGAAGAGAAGCACCUUGGGAUACUUGGUCCAGUGAUCAAAGCUGAAGUUGGAGACACCAUCCUGGUGAUGUUUGUUAACAAAGCCUCCUGGCCUUUCAGCAUCCAGCCUCAUGGAGUGUCCUAUGGGAAGGCGUGGGAAGGGAUGCGGUACCAUGACGGUCUGUCCCAGAAUGGGGUUUCUGUUGCACCGCUGCACAACUUUACGUACCGCUGGACUGUGCCGAAGCACGUUGGGCCCAUGUCCAGUGACCCUCCUUGCCUGACCUGGAUGUACAGCUCGGCUGUGAAUCCCAUCAAAGACCCCAGUUCGGGCUUAGUAGGGCCUCUGGUCAUCUGCAAGCCGGGCACUUUGGAUGGCAACAACAAACAGAAAGGGAUCGACAAAGAAUUUUACCUUCUCUUCAGCGUGUUUGACGAGAACCUCAGCUGGUAUUUAAACGCAAACAUAAAGUACUAUUUGAGGAUGGAAGACGCUUCUGUGAAAAAGGAUGAUGGCUUCGAGGAAUCAAACAGGAUGCAUGCCAUCAAUGGGUUUAUGUUUGGUAACUUGCCUGGGCUGAAUGUGUGUGAAGGAGACAAUGUGUCCUGGCACCUUCUGGGCUUGGGCAGUGAAGCAGAUGUACAUGGAGCUGUGUUUCAGGGAAACACCCUGCAGGUGAAUGGAAUGCGGAGAGAUUCAACCAAUCUGUUCCCCCACACAUUUGCUACUGCCUUCAUGCAACCUGAUAACAGUGGGAUUUUUGAGAUCUACUGCCAGACGAGCAAUCACUACCAGGCUGGGAUGAGGGAACGCUACUUCGUUUCCAAGUGUGGAAAAAGGGAUCCUGCUCCUGCCCUUCAGUACAAAGGCGUGCGGACAUAUUACAUCGUGGCGGAGGAGGUGGUGUGGGACUACAUGCCUGACCGAAGCUGGGAGAGGGAACGGCACAACCAUUCUGCAGAGAGCUACGCCGAUGUAUUUUUGAGCAACGAGAAUGGACUGCUUGGCUCCAGGUACAAGAAAGCAGUUUACAGGGAGUACACUGAUGGGACUUUCCAGACCCCCAAGGCCAGGAUAAAUGGUGACGAACACCUAGGGAUACUAGGCCCUUUUCUGUGGGCGGAAGUGGGAGAUAUUCUCAACAUCGUGUUUAAGAACAACGCCACACGACCCUACUCCAUUCAUGCACAUGGGGUGCUGGAAAGGGAGACUGGACAGCCGCAAGUAGCAAACCCUGGUGACAUUGUGACAUACCGAUGGGAAGUUCCUGAGAGAUCUGGUCCAGGGCCAAACGAUUCAGCCUGUGUUCCUUGGAUCUACUACUCUGUGGUGGACCCGGUAAAGGAUAUGUACAGCGGUCUGAUUGGACCCCUGAAGAUCUGCCGGAGAGGGGCACUGCAGUCUGAUGGGAUCAGGAAGGAUGUAAAGAGGGAGUUUGCUUUACUGUUCCUGGUUUUUGAUGAAAAUCAGUCCUGGUACUUGGAGGAGAAUGUGGAACAUUACAGUAAGGGAAAUCACAAGGAGAUCAACCUGCUGGAUGACAAAUUUGUGGAAAGCAACAAAAUGCAUGCAAUCAAUGGGAGGCUCUACGCGAACUUGCCUGGGCUGACCAUGUUCCAGGGUGAGUGGGUGAACUGGUACCUGCUGGGAAUGGGUCAGGAGAUUGAUGUCCACACAGUCCAUUUUCAUGCUGAGACCUUCAUGUACAAGAGUGGCAAAAGCUACAGAGCAGAUGUUGUGGAUCUGUUCCCUGGGACCUUUGAAAUGGUGGAGAUGUUGGUUGGGAACCCUGGGACAUGGCUGCUUCAUUGUCAUGUGUCUGAUCAUAUCCAUGCUGGUAUGGAGAUAGUCUUCACAGUCUUGCCUAGACCAGAGCCAGCACUUGAAGUUGCAAACUACAGUGCAGAGUUGCCACCUGAGGAUAAGGAUGAGUCCCAGAAGAUCAUGUUUUUUGGAGCUAAGUUGGCUCAAGGGCAGAUAGAGGCCACAGUCAUCACUCUAGCCAUUGCAGGAAUGGUGCUUUUCCUGGUCGCCUGCUUCCUCCUGGGAGUGGUCAUCUAUCUUGAGAGACAAAAGAGGUUAAGACGCAAUCGGAGGUCCAUCCUGGAUGACGGAUUCAAACUCAUGUCUAAAAAGAAUUCAGGGCUAUGAAAGCCAUGUACAAACUGCAGGUUGUGUGCUUGGAGCAGAGGCUGGAUGGUUGCCUACAGCAAAGACUUUUGGGGCUUCAUUUCAAUCGUACACUGUACUUCUAGAAGCUAAGGAGGGAAAGCUGGAGCCCUGACCUCUUUAUAUAUCUUCUUCAGCACUCUGUAAAGAAAAAGUCCGUCCAGGAGAGAUCUGAGGACCCUUUGAACUGACUGAAGACAAGUAAUGAGUAAAAAGGUGCUUCUAAAAUACUCCUCUUCCCCAAGAAAGAGAGGAGACAUUUCCCCUAUUUUCUUCUCUCCAGAAUAACUUCACUUGGUCUUUCUCAGCAGACUAGCUGAGGCCAGAUUCCAGUCUUGCUCCAUUGCCAGAGCUGAGUUGGGAAUUGUCUCCCAAGAAACUGUGAGCCUUUAAAGUAAUUAAUCUGAAGGGGGAAGAUAGUCUUUUCAUUUUUGUGAAUCAAUUAAGAAUACAGAAGAGAAAAUGUUAAUUUAGAUUUGGAUUGCUGUGUUUUGAUGAGUAAUUGGACAGAUGCAAAUUCAGGGCAGCACAUGUCAUGGUGUGAGAGCGCUCCAACAAGGACCAUGGCAACAGCUGUGCCUCACCACCAGCCUUGCUGUGGCACAUCCUUUUGCUCCCAGCACCCCAGGCAAUGUGCUUUGAUAUCAGGCAUCCUGUGUCUUGUGCUGUGAGAAGAAGCUUUUCUGAGUGCUGCAGAGCAUCGUGGUGACUUCCCUGCAUUGCAGUUCUGUCGGUCUGUGCGCAUGAAGGGCUGUACCUCAGCACCUGUGCAGGUCCUUGUGCAACAGGGUCAAGGAUGCUGUGAUGUUCUGUGAUGUGGCUUGCUCUCUUUUUUUCAAAUGCAUUUCAUUGAAGUUA